UUGGGCAGUCGACGAGAAGACGCGGGCCAGGAUGAAGACGUGGACGACAAUGCUGCUAGCCUGCGUUGCCGUCGUCCUGGCGCAGAAGAAGAGGACAUGCCCCGGCGGCGAGAACCCAUGCAGCCUCCACGGCUCUUGCAUGAUCAGCCGCAUGGGCGAAUACGUCUGCAACUGCCAAUGGGGCUAUACGGGCGCCGACUGCAGCCAAAAGAUGUGUCCGCACGGCGUCGACCCGGCGACGAGCGCGACCAAGCAAGAGAAGAAGGUCCGGCUGCAAGUCCGUGGCCCGAACGAGGACACGUUGGCUGCCGCGGGCCGGCUCUUCCUCACGUUCCACGGGCACACGGUCGAGAUGGAGGUCGAUACAGCCGUCUCGAGCGAGCGCUGCACCAAGGUUUUUCAGCGCUUCCACAACCUCGGCGCCGUCAGCUGCGUGCGGUCACCGACACUCGCUGCCUCGGACGUCCUCUUGCAGCUCGACAUAACGCUGCAUUCGUUCCCGAUCUACCCAAUCAUGAACAACCUGUACUUUCAUGACGGCAAUCCGCCGGCCACCGACUUUGGCUGCGAGACCGGCGGUGUCAAAGCCCUUGCGUGUGCUUUUACAAGCCUCGCCGAUGCCAACGUCAAAGGCUACGUGCCGUGUGCCAACCACGGCAAGUGCAAUGCCCGGUCCGGUCUCUGUGCGUGCGAAUCGGGCUUUUACGGUGUCCACUGCGGGCACAACGAAGAUGCGGCCGAUAUGCUGCUGGGUUUGGCGCCCGGUCCAUUCUUUUCCGGUAAUUUGCUCAAAUUAUCCGCAUCAAGAAGCCCGGAUGCCGCGUUCAACUUGAUCCACGUGGAUGUGGCGGGCGCGCCGAUCUUUACGAUGGACGGGCGCGGCGACACGACGCUGCACCAAGGCUCCUUGGUGGUCGAGGCCCUCCGUGCGUCUCGGAUCGAGGUGCACGGCGACGUGAGUGUGCACCGCGCCAAUUUCCACGUACAGGACGGCCACGUCCGUCUUCAGAAAACCCUACGUGGGGACGGCGGCGCGUCACCCGUCCUCGCCAUCGACGCCAGAAUGGAAGCCGAGACGUGCGUCAUCGACGAGAUCGGUCCGCUCUUCCGCGUCGCCCUCAACGACGCCUCGCUCCUCUCGCUGGACGCCAUCGGACGCCUUGAGACUAAGGCGGUCAAUGUUCACGAGACACUCCGAGUGGCCAAGGACACGGCGCUCGACGGCCACGUCGCGAUAGGCGGUGCAGCGACCAUCCGCGCCGGGCUUGAGAUUGCAACCAACGGACUCCGUGUGGCCCACGGCGGUGCUGGGAUCGUCGGCGGCGCUGUUAUAUCGGGCGAUGCGGCCUCGCGCCAUGUCCUGCAUCUGACUGGCGUCAGUAGCGAGAGCCAGCUACGGCUCGAGCAGCCAAGCAGCAGCCAUCGCGCUGCGUACCUCACCUGCGCCAACGAUGAGAAGCGGGUGUUUGAGAUUGCAGCGACCGGUAUGACGACGCUGCACGGCCUCCACGUUGAGAGCGGUGGCGUCGCCGUCCAUGCCGGUGGCCAAGUGAUCCACGCGGGUGGGCUGCACAUUGCGUCCGGCGGCCUCCACGUCGCCAAGGGCCAUGUACAAUUUGACAGCUCACUCUCGUUCCAGGGCGGGCUCGUCGUCAAUGGCUCAGAGAGUGCCACGCCAAGCCUCGUGGCGAAAGCGGGACAUGCGCACUUUGCAUCGAGCGUCUUGCAUGUGGAUGCCUCGGCGGUCGACUUGAAGGCAUCCGCGGGGUUUCGGCUCAUACAGGCCACCACGUCGGCGGGCACUGUUGUUGCGAUCGAUGGACAUGGCAAUCUCACGACCUCUGGCAGUCUCCGCGCGGGCGGUGCGGUCGUCGCCAGUGGCCCAUUGAUUGCCGAGACACAAGCGCUGCUUCGGCCGAUACGACUCGUUGCAGCCAAGCACCUCGCGAUCCCGUGUACCCACAGCUACGUCCAAGUCCUCUCGGACGGCGUGUCGCAUAGCAGUAGCACGCAGACGCUAUCGAUCGACGGCGCCGCGUACGGGCAGCUGCUCGUAGUGCAAAAUGCUGACGAAGACGCGCUCUCGUCGCUCAAGAUCCCGCCGCAGUCGUCGGCGCUGUUUGUGUUUGACGGGCAAGCCUGGCAGACGCUGACAGCUACCGAGUUUGACACGACGCAGCUCAUGAACGUCAAGGAGUUCUCGGCCGCGGCCGACCUCAACAUUGGCAACCACAUGCUCUCGGCCAAGGCCAUCCAGGUCGCCGGGCAGACUGCGAGUCACGUUGCGUAUUAUGGCAAGGGCGGCGUCCUUAGCGGCGAACCGGCACUGAGCUACGACAGCGCGUCCCAGACGCUAAGUACGCAUCAGCUCAAGGUCCACGCGCUCGUCGGCAAGAUCGACAUGUCCAACUCGGAGCUGCGAGGCGUCGACAUCAUUGGCGGGCACCUCCGUGGGAUCAACUUGAGUGCGCUCACGCUCGAGGUGGCGGGGGAGAUGUAUGUCGAGUCGAAUGCGUUUGUCGGCGGUUGGCUCACCGUCGACGGCCAAGUCAUGGGGUCGGGCUCGUACGUCGACUCGUCGGAUGAGCGCUUCAAACGAAACGUGUCGAAUUUACUCGACGCGUUGCCGCGUCUGCAGCAACUGCGAGGCGUCAGCUACGACUACAGGACGGAGGCCUUUCCGCAAAAGCACUUUUCAACCCGCCGAGAGAUUGGCUUUAUUGCGCAAGAAGUCGAAGCCGUGCUGCCCGACGUGGUCACGACCGACGCCAACGGGUUCAAGUACGUGGCCUACGCGCGCAUCGUCCCGCUCGCUGUCGAAGCCAUCAAAGCGCAAGCGGCAAGAAUCGAUGCGCUGACCGAGAGUGUGCGCUCGCUGCAAACCCAAGUCGCUGCGUUGCAGGCGCUCGUCGCACAAACGUUGGACGUGUCGAGACGUUAAUAACACUAGUUGAUGGAGUAAUGAUGCAAAAUGUAAAUUGUCGAGUCACACAA